GGGCGGGAAGGGGGAAGCGCCGAGGCUGCCCGACUGGAAUCCAGGGAGCUGCAGCGACGGCGGCCGCGGGAGCAGAGCCGGCCAUGGCGGUGUGGACGCGGGCCACCAAAGCGGGGCUGGUGGAGCUGCUCCUCAGGGAGCGCUGGGUGCGGGUGGUGGCCGAACUCAGCGGCGAGAGCCUGAGCCUGACGGGCGACGCGGCGGCGAUCGAGCCCGAGCCGCCGGCUGCCGCCUUCAACGGUCUUCCGAACGGCGGCGGCGGCGGCGGCGACUCGCUGCCCGGGAGCCCGAACCGCGGCCUGGGGCCGCCCAGCCCGCCCGCACCGCACCGCGACCCCGCGGGGGAGGCGGGCGCCUCGCCGCCCGUGCGCCGAGUGCGAGUAGUGAAGCAGGAGGCGGGCGGCCUGGGCAUCAGCAUCAAGGGCGGCCGCGAGAACCGGAUGCCGAUCCUCAUCUCCAAGAUCUUCCCGGGGCUGGCGGCCGACCAGAGUCGGGCGCUGCGGCUGGGCGACGCCAUCCUGUCGGUGAACGGCACCGACCUGCGCCAGGCCACCCACGACCAGGCCGUGCAGGCGCUGAAGCGCGCGGGCAAGGAGGUGCUGCUGGAGGUCAAGUUCAUCCGAGAAGUAACACCAUAUAUCAAGAAACCAUCUUUAGUAUCAGAUCUGCCAUGGGAAGGUGCUACUCCCCAGUCACCAAACUUUAGUGGCAGUGAAGACUCUGGUUCUCCAAAGCAUCAGAAUAGCACCAAGGACAGGAAGGUCAUUCCUCUCAAAAUGUGCUUUGCUGCUAGAAACCUAAGCAUGCCAGAUCUGGAGAACAGAUUGAUAGAGCUACAUUCUCCUGAUAGCAGGAACACCUUGAUCCUACGCUGCAAAGACACGGCCACAGCACACUCCUGGUUCGUAGCUAUCCACACCAACAUAAUGGCUCUCCUCCCACAGGUACUGGCUGAACUCAAUGCCAUGCUUGGUGCAACCAGUACAGCGGGAGGCAGCAAGGAAGUCAAGCACAUUGCCUGGUUGGCAGAACAGGCAAAACUAGAUGGUGGAAGACAGCAGUGGAGGCCUGUUCUCAUGGCUGUGACCGAGAAGGAUUUGCUGCUUUAUGAUUGUAUGCCAUGGACAAGAGAUGCCUGGGCAUCGCCAUGUCAUAGCUACCCUCUUGUUGCCACAAGACUGGUUCAUUCAGGUUCUGGAUGUCGGUCACCCUCACUUGGAUCUGACCUUACCUUUGCUACAAGGACGGGCUCUCGGCAGGGCAUUGAGAUGCAUCUCUUCAGGGUUGAAACACAUCGGGAUUUGUCGACCUGGACCAGAAUACUUGUUCAAGGUUGUCAUGCUGCUGCUGAGCUGGUCAAGGAAGUCUCCCUAGGCUGCACCUUAAGUGGCCAGGAGGUAAGGUUCACUGUCCACUAUGAACAUGGGUUCACUAUCUCCAGAGACAAUGGAGGCUCCAGCAGCGUAUUGUACCGCUAUCCUUUUGAGCGGCUGAAGAUGUCUGCUGAUGAUGGCAUCAGAAAUCUCUAUCUGGAUUUUGGUGGUCCUGAGGGAGAACUGACUGUGGACCUGCACUCUUGUCCAAAGCCGAUAGUAUUUGUGUUGCACACGUUCUUAUCCGCCAAAGUCACCCGGAUGGGACUGCUUGUAUGAGCAACGAGAAGUAAGAAAGUCACAGCAAGUAUUUCCACCUCACAAAAAAGAAAACUAAAAAAGCGUCAACCACACAGAAGCACAAGAAACAGCCCUCGCUCUCCUCCUUCAUAGUGCCUUCCCAAGGACCUGCCGAUGACUGCUGAAACCACAGGCCGAGAGGGGCCGCCCCCCUCCCCCACUCCCUGGCCAGAAGUCCUGGAGCUGAAAUAAGCUCCCAAUUGAAGCUCUUCAUCUCAUCUCACAAUGUGAUCGCUAAGUCAUUACGUUUAUUUCUGACCCUGUUUUGAAGGCUGGCUCUUUGGGUUUCUCUUCGGAUAGAAACAAAUAGCCAAAAGGGGUUCUCCUUUUCUUCCUGGAGGAUUUGUUUGGGGCUUAGCAUCGAGCUCUUAUUAGGGUAACUCGCUUCCCAGAGGCGAGUGUACAGCAGCCCAGCCCUCAGACUUCCCACACAGGCCCAUUGCACGCAGUGUUACUCUCUCUACCUGUUCUUCCCCAGAGGUUCUCGGGUCCACCCUGGCUCCACCCUGCCCCACACCCCACCUCUGACACCAGCCCUGACACCAGUGCUACCUAGAGUCUGGCCACCUCUGCCUUCACUCCCCUUUUUUUUGUGGUUGGCCGAGUUGAAAAGCAAGUUGGAAACGGCCGCUCUGAAAGAGGGGCUUUGCUUCCUUGAGUUUUUGAGUUUCUGUUUGGUAGGAGCCAGGGGAUGGUCUAAGGGUUAUUUCCAAAAUGAAAGAUCCUCAUUUUAAGCUAAGCCAUUUCUUACUGCUUACCAAAUGUGCCUUUGGUUAGGGUCAUUGGAGCUUUAUUAGUGACUGUGUAGAUGAUGGAUCUCACUGCCAUUUUAGGAGUCAUCCUUGAGGUCGGUUCCUUAAUGGCAUCUUUCGGUGGUGACUUAGUGGGUCAUUACCUUUGCAGCACAGAUGCCGUGUCAAGUGUUACAGGGCACUGUGAGCCCAGGAAAGAUCCUGGUACUGGGCUUCUGUGGCCCCAAAGGAGUAAAGACAAGUCACCUCCAGCUCAAGGUUUAACAGCGGCUGAGAGGGUAAUGAGACAGACCUCAGCAGUCAUCUGCUUUUGUUCAGGAUGGCCAAGUGUCGUCAUGACUCAGCAUCAGGGUGCUUUCUGAUUUUGUGGCCUGGAAAAUCAUACUCAGCUUGUUUUUCCUGGGUUGGAAGGAGGAAAUAGAUGUGUGUAGAAACAUUUGAAGUAGUCUCUUUACAUAAAAUAACCAGAUUAGCACAGUCCCUAAAUCUGAACAAAAAGGAAACAUUUACUUGGAGUUUUCUGUGCUCUCUGAAAAAAUGUCUAGAAAUAGCUCUCAUGUUAUAGAUUUCUCUGGAGUGUUACACAGGGAUGUGAGGCUUCAAAUGGGGUAGGAGGAGACAAGGAAAGAAAACACUGCUGUUCAUGCAGAACUUGAGCUGUGUAGUUGAAGCGCCUUGACUGACAGGUUGGCCAAAGGAAAGAACAGAUACCCAGGGAGAGGUGGUGACUCCACAGUCCUCUGCUGACUCUGAGUCAGGUUUCCUUCUGCUCUCUGCAGCCAGACUAACAGUAUACAAAGGCUGGUAGGAAUGUCUAUCUCCACUUCAAAUAGGUAUUGGAGCCCCGAAAACCAGUGUUGGGAUCCACUUUAAACCAGAAAUUAAAAUCUGAAGAAUAUCUUUCAAGAACUUUUUAUGUUUUAAAAAGUCGUAACCCUGAGAUUGGAUCCAUCCAUGAUACAUCUUCAACUCAAAAAAAAAAAAAAAGAAAGAAAGGAAGAAAGUAUUUUAAAGGUCCACCCAAGUUCAGAAAGCAGAACUACAACAGAUAACCUCAAGCAGAGUGCUUGGAUGCUCUUGUUACUAGGACAUACACCUGGUUCAGGCUUCAGUAGCAGAGUUGAAGUCUUCCAUAUUGGUAUGAAAGGCUAAACCACCAAGACGUUUGAUAAGGGCUUCUGCCACCCUGUCCCUUCAAGAGCUGUAAACAGUGUGAUGACUUGGGGCAGUAAGUGUGCAUCUGUUUGUCGGAGAACUGUGGCCCAUGGGGUUUUUAAUACUAUCAUUUGGUUCCUGGUGUAAAAUGGAAGCUUAUGGGUGAUGUCUUUGUCAUUAACAGCCCCGAGAGCGAGGGCCCUAAGCCGAUGGUUUCAGAAGCUGUAGUAGCCCUCCCCCCAGGCAUGUGGUCAGCUAAGUGUGUCAAAUUUUUCAAACCACAAGUGAAAUGCUUUUUGUGAGUGGGACACCUUGAUACAUACCUGUAUUACCAAUUUUGUACUCAAAUGCCAAAACAUGGUAAAGUAUUUUCAAAUAACUAAAAAUGAACAUCCUUGAUAAUUCACCUCUUUUAUAGAAUCAGCUAAAUUGUUUUCUUUUUCUUUUGAAUAUUGUUGGGGAUGUUGUGGGAUCCUGGGUGUCCAGAGGAGAGGAAACCACAGAGCACCCGGUCCUGAUGGACUACUUCCUGGGUACCUUUGCCUUCCAUACCUGGAUAGCUGGCCCUGGGCACAAGAGUCUCCUCCCCCACAAGACAGGGGACUAAAGGAGGCUGAUGUUAUCAACAAGCCUUGCCUAGAAAUUGGUAUCAAAUAUUUUAUAUAAAGAAAUGCUCAUGUGUGUGUGCUGUAUUUAUUAGAUAAUUAUAACUAAAAUCAUCAACUAGUAAACAGUUUCAGGUUAGAUUUGGGGAUAUGUAUGGGCAACCAGAAGUGUUACUUUGAAUGCCACCUGCCUAUUUUGAAGCCAUGUUUAGCACUUUUUAGACUAGGGAAGUCUGAUAGUGCCUGGUGGGCUUUUUGUCUUUGUUUUCGUCUGAACUCUGAGUUUGUUACUGGAAAUUAUUUGCAUGGUGGGAGAGAUUGAAUUAUUUAUUUUUUUAUAUAUAGAAAAAUCUCUCUCUAACCAACAAAAAGCUAACAUUGUUUCUGAUUUAUUUGUUUUCCUAACUUAUCCUCCUGAACAGAAUAGUAGCAAAGCUUUUGUUCAACUGAAUAAAUGCACUUAGCUGAUAAACCAAAAUUUAUUCUUUAAAAACAAGAAAUUAUUAUCACCAAAAAACUAUUAAGCUGUGUAGAAUAUAAACACGAUUAUGCUCCCCCUCAAAAAAGGGUUUUACUGUGAGUGGUUUGGAUGAAUAAAAGUGUAUAGAGAAAAUGACUGAUUUCUUAAAAAUUUGUAAGAAACUCAGUCUUCCUGUUUAAUUUAAAUGCAUGUGGAUUUGUUUUCAAAUCCAUUGAUGAAUCUGCCCGUGCGUUUUAAUGCAGAUCACCUUCCAAGCUGCUGUGCAACUUCUGUUGAAAGCCCCACCUGCUAAAAGAGUUCAGCAGUUUGGAAGUGUUCAAGGAAGAGACUCCAGCACUUUCUCAGUGUGUAUCUUUGUUGGACACCUACCUAGAUCAUAAUUUAUUAUUCUCACUGGUUCAAGCUAUUGAGUGUACAUUACAUUUAAACUAUCCAAACAUUCUGCUUCCAUCCCCAAGUGGCUAUCAGCAGCUCUAGGUGCCAAGAACGAACUGGCUCCUUAGAGAGCUGGGGCCGGGCAAUGGUGGUGCACACUUUUAAUCCCAGCACUUGGGAGGCAGAG